ACUGCAAUACUUCCCUAAACAUAAACACUUAAAACUACGUUUCUAAAACAAACACCAUCGAGAUCUCCCAACCGUCUCUGUCAACGCCCCAAAUUCCUUGGAGCGAAUUACAAUGUUACCGUUCUUUCAAGUUUACGAGAAUCUUAUACUCCAAACCUUGCUCUCUUUAUCGCUCACAUUAAUCCUCACAUUCCUUAAGAUCCCAAUUUUCUUUCUCCAAGGUCUCCACACUUACAUCCACCCUGAAAACGUUGGCCACGGCAACAACGCCUCUUCUGGCGUUAGAGCUGCUAUUCGUCGCCCUUCCAUCUCAGAUUCAGGUCCUGGACUUGAAGGUUACCGAUCUUUGUCAUCAAGGACCAGUGCAGAACUCAAAAAAAGAAACAAAUCUAAAGACAAGUUGGAGUUCGAUGAAAACAAUGCCCAGAUCUUCAGGCUGAAACUCGACGAGGGUCAUCUUCAAACAAGGCUUUUUUUCAAUGAGUAUCACAAUUCUUUUGUUUUCUCCUUUGUGGGUAUUUCCUGUUUGUUGCUUUACAAGUAUUUAGGUGAGUCUGAGGGUUCUGGGGUUUUGGCUAAUGGGAAUUUAAUUCCAGUUAUUUUUGGAUUUAUUGGUUUAACCAAAGUUUUGUUAGCACUUGCAAAGAUAUCGUUUGAGAAAUCUGCUUCUAAGAGGUCGGAGAAGCAAUUUAGUGCAAUUUUUGGCGUUGUGGGGUUUCUUAUAGGGAUUAUGAUUUGUUCUGGAAUUGGAUGGUCGGUUUCCGAUUUCCGUUUCGAUUCAGUUGAAGGGCCUUGGAGGAUUUUUGUUGCUGUUUUGAUGGGAUUCCUUUCUGGUUUUUUGUAUAUGCCUGCUGGGAAGAAUGCACGGUCCUUUUGGCUUGGGACUGAUCAGCUUAGGUGUAAUUUGUCCAUAAUCUCUUGUGGAUGGUUUGCUAGAAUGAUUUUAUAUGCCAAUUAUUUGUUUACCGUGUUCACAGCUUUACUUUGGAUUAAUCCAUUAGCUGAAAUUCUUGUUAACAAGAAUAGUUAUAAUGGUAGAGGAGCUGCUGAGAAGUUGGUUGGAAACGUGGGUUUUUCAAAAUUGGAUUUUACCAGGCUUAGGGUUUUGUGCUUAUUGCUUUCCGGGAUCCUACAAAUUAUGGCUUUACGUUCAAAUUUGCAGAUGUUUUUGAAUGAAGCAGUUUUGUCUUGGUACCAAAGAUUACAUGCUAGCAAGGUCCCAGAUUUGGAUUUUAGUCGUGCAAAGGUUUUUUUGCACAAUCACUACUUAUGUCUUGCAGUUUUACAGUUCUUUGCACCGCCAGUAUUGGUACUUCUCUUUCUUGGCUUAUCUCAGAUUGACAGUAACUCCUUUGACAAAUACAACUUGGUUUGUGGUUUACUGCCAUGUUCUGCUUUUGUUAAAGAAGUGGCUUUGUUUAUGGCUUGGUGGAUCAUAUUUGUGUGGGCAAUUGUUACUUCAGCAAGUCUGUUGUUUUAUCGUCAUGGUAUUUUGUAUGUUUUCUGAUAACUUAGUUUUUUGUAAUGGCCUUCAGUAUUUGGCCUUUGACUUGGAAUUUUUGCCUAAUUUUGGAUAGAGAGUGUGUUUUGCUUGUGACGGAUUAUUACAGACAUUGAUCAAUACAUUUUAAUGGAAUACAUGGGGCAAGAAAAGCUCUUCUCA